AUGACAAUCGACGCCGACACCAUUCCACACUGGAAACCCCACGUUCACCGCAAACGCGCCGCCCAGCACGAAUGCAUCCCGCCCUCUUGGAUCCUCCCCGCCUCGGUCCUGGCCAACCCGCCUUCCAACAGCCUGGACGCCAUCCGCGCCAGUGGAAUCCUCACUGCGGAUGAGCUAGCUUGGACAGAUACAACUGAUAUCCAGGACAUCGUGGCCUUAGUCGCGAGUCGGAAAGUCAGUAGCGAGCAGCUCACGACAGCCUUCUGUAAGCGCGCAGCGAUCGCGCAGCAACUGACCAAAUGUUUGACGGAGAUCUUUUUUGAGAGGGCUCUUACUCGGGCUCGAGAGUUAGAUGAGCAUCUUCGGACGACGGGGCAGGUGGUUGGGCCGUUGCAUGGUGUGCCGGUUUCUAUUAAGGAUCGGUUUGACGUUGAGGGCGUGGAUAGUACUGUCGGCUGGGUCGGACUCGUCAAUAAACCGGCGCAGUCAUCCAGCUCGGUCGUGCAGCUGCUCGAAUCUAUGGGUGCCGUGUUGUACGUCAAGACGAACGUGCCGCAGUCUCUGAUGAUGUCCGACUCCUACAAUCACGUCUUCGGGCAAUCUGUGAACGCUUUCAACCGUGCCCUUAUCUCUGGCGGUAGUUCCGGCGGCGAAGGAGCUCUCAUCGCAGCCGGUGGUAGCGUGCUGGGUAUUGGCACGGAUAUCGGUGGCUCGAUUCGUAUUCCUGCUGCGCUGCAGGGGUUGUAUUCUAUUAAGCCGACGAGAGGAAGGGUGCCGUGGGAUUGUUCCUUUUUGAAUCAGUUCUACAUGGUCCCACCCGUGGCGGGGCCGAUGGCUACAUCUCUUGCGACAACGGAGUAUUUUAUGGACCACCUACUCGCUUCACAACCGUGGAGAAUUGACCCAGGCUCUAUUCCCAUCCCAUGGAGGAAGGAACUGGCUGCCUUGCCCACAGACCGCAAGCUUCGACUAGGCGUUGUAUUUGAUGAUGGAGUGGUCAGACCUCAGCCGCCAAUUAUAAGAGCGAUGCGUGAGACUGUUCAGGCGUUGCGGGAUGCCGGCCAUGAAGUCAUCGAGUGGGACGCCUCACUCCACAAGGAAGGCACAGAUCUCUGGACGAAAGCCAUUCUCGCCGACGGCGGUCGUCACUGUAAGCACUUGUGUGAGAUCGUGAACGAGCCUUUGAUCGAGGGUAUGGUUGUAGGCACAGAGAAAGAUCUACUGAAUACCGAAGAGAGAGAGAAGCUUGAGAAAGAAAAAGUCGCCUUCGAAACCACCUUCCUCAACCAAUGGGUCACAUCCCGCAUCGACGCCCUUCUAAUGCCCGUGCAGCCAUGGGUAGGCUACAAGCCCAAGACAUGGGUGAAGAGCAACCAGUGGCUAGGAUACACGGCUAUGUGGAACAUGUUGGACUACGCGGCUCUCACGGUUCCGAUUGGGGCGGCACAUCGAAACCUUGAUUCUGUUGGUGAUGGGGUGAAUGCUGAGUGGGAGGGGUAUCAGGUCAGGAAUGAGAGUGAUCGGUUUAAUUAUGAGCAGUGCAAGUUUUCCUCCACCUAUGGGACCAGAGUGUUUGGCAUGCUAACCUCUUAUUCAGAUGAUAUUGAUCUCGUCGAUGGUAUGCCCAUCUGUGUGCAGAUUGUGGGAGAGAGAUUCGGUGAGGAGAAGGCUGUGGCUGUUGCGAAAGUGGUGGAUAAACUGGUGAAUUUGAAGUGA